GUCCCGGCGAUCUAAGUGCCCAACCUCCCCCAACCGUCCCUUCCCUCGUCCCCCCAUCCUCGCAUUUCUAUACCAACCCCUGUCACUCGGUGGGAACGCGGCCACGGUCUCUCCGCUGAGAGCCCCGACGGGCUUGUCCCCCGGGAAGCGGCUAUGAGGGGCCAGAGUCGGCUCCUGGUGGUAGAUCCCUGCCCUUUCCGGGCUGCCCCGUCUCUCGCGCAGCCGGCCCCAUUCUCAGGCCCCGGGGACACCGCGCCGAGGAGGAAGAGCCCUGAGCUGGGGUCCGGGAGACCUGGGUUCUGAGACCCGGUUCUACCAGUAGCCAGCAGUUGUGACCUUGGGCCUCAGUCCCCUUGAAGUUUCUGUCUUUGAGGGUACCUGGCAGCGAAGCACGAAAGCCCAGGAUGAGUUGUCUCAAGUCAAAGAAGAAAUAAUCUUUCUGCAUCUAGUCUCCUUACUCUAGUGCCCUUUUCUUGAUUCUGCCAAGUCAGGAUUCUCACCAAGGAAGCUUCCUGCCUUCUUUGGGAAUGUUGGGAUUAUGAAACCUGAGCACUGCAGGAAUGGCCGAUUUUGGGAUCUCAGCUGGCCAGUCUGUGGCAGUGGUCUGGGACACGUCAUCCCCAGUGGAGGCUCUGAAAGAUCUGGUGGAGAAGCUGCAAGUGUUAACUGGCAGUGAGGGCCGAGUGUCUGUGGAAAACAUCAACCAGCUGUUGCAGUCUGCCCAUAAAGAAUCUAGCUUUGAUAUUAUCUUGUCGGGUGUAGUCCCGGGAAGCACCACCCUGCACAGUGCUGAGGUUCUGGCUGAGAUGGCCCGUAUCCUUCGACCUGGUGGAUGUCUAUUUCUGAAGGAGCCAGUAGAGACAGCCCUAGUUAACAAUAGCAAAGUGAAGACAGCAUCUAAACUGUGUUCAGCCCUGACUCUUUCUGGUCUUGUGGAAGUAAAAGAGCUACAGCGGGAGCCGCUAAGCCCCGAGGAGAUACAGUCUGUCCGAGCCCACCUGGGACAUGAAAGCGACAGCCUGCUGUCUGUGCAGAUCACAGGCAAAAAACCUAACUUUGAAGUGGGUUCUUCCAGUCAGCUGAAGCUUUCCAUCGCCAGGAAGUCGCCUGCUUCAGUGAAGCCUGCUGUGGACCCUGCCACUGCCAAGCUCUGGACCCUCUCAGCCAAUGACAUGGAGGAUGACAGCAUGGAUCUCAUUGACUCAGAUGAGCUGCUGGAUCCAGAAGAUUUGAAGAAGCCAGAUCCAGCUUCCCUGCGGGCUCCCUCGUGUGGGGAAGGGAAGAAGAGGAAGGCCUGCAAGAACUGCACCUGUGGUCUUGCAGAAGAACUGGAAAAAGAGAAGUCAAGGGAACAGAAGAGCGCCCAGCCUAAGUCAGCCUGUGGAAACUGCUACCUGGGCGAUGCCUUCCGCUGCGCCAGCUGCCCCUACCUUGGGAUGCCGGCCUUCAAACCCGGGGAACAGGUGCUCCUGAGCAACAGCAAUCUUCAGGAUGCCUAGGAGGGACCCGACGUGGGACGCACCUGCUCCUCUGGCCAACUCCUGUCCCUGCAAUCCCACCACCUCCUCUGGACUUGCUCGCCCUGCCCGGAAUCAUGUUGCAGGGUGGGUGCUCACCAGACAGAGUGAAGCUGGCUGUGGGGUGCAGUGGGGCGCAGCGCUGCUAGGCAUCCAAAGACCAAGGUGAAUGGGCUCGGUUACCUGGAAUGGGGGGGGGACCGGUUUCUUCGCCUAGUGUUAGGAGGAUGGAGUGUGCCCUGAAGAAGCCCUUCUCCUGCUGACCAGAACACUCUUGAGCCCAGACACCCGGGGGUAGUGACACUCCGAGACAAAGCUCCAGGCCCCUGCGCCCAUUCUAAGCUCAGCAGUGCUGCCACCUCCUUGUCUUCCAGAGCUGGCCGUCUACUCAAUGUGCAGUUCUUGGUGACAGGAGUCAAGUGUCUCAUGACCUCAGAGCAUUAGAGGCGUCACUCACUGGCUGCUGUGAUUCUAUCCAGCGUCCCUCUGCCCCCUUCUGCUCCCACCCCAACUUGAAUGUAGCACUCAUUUGUGUCCUGUCGUCAUUUCUGUUAACCUGCAGGUAUUAAACGUGCGUCCUUCUGCCUA